CCGCCUCUUACUCUCUUCUCUGAUCUCUAUCUCUAACCCUAAAUCUCCCCAGCUCCAAGCCUCCAAGCUGCCGCCUCCUUCCAACCAUCGCCAUCACCAUUAUCCUAAAAUGAACUAAAUGGUGCAUCCUAAUUCCUACUCCACGCCUGCUGCCUCCAUUUUCUCUUUCUUUAUUUCUCUUCUCUCGAACUCAUCCACGCCUCCACAUUCCUCUCCCCCUUCAAAAUCGAGGAGCAGAAGUCGCCCAGAUGCCAUAGUGCCAGAUUCCAGAAAUCCUAACUAACUCAUACUAUUUGAUCCUUAGUCGGAUGUCUCUUCUUUUAUUUUACUCUACCCAUGUCGUAAAUUAAAAUUUUAUAAAAUUGUUUGUCUAUGAAAUGUUUCAUUCAGAGUGAGUUGAGAAAAGUACAUUUCUAUUUUUUUAUUGUUUAUAAUAUUUUUAAUUAUUUAUAGUGCUAUCAAUGUUUUAUUAUAAUUAACACAAAUUCUUAAUUAUAAACAUCAUUAUAUUCUCUUUAUCCUCUUUUUAAAAUCCACUUAUUUUAAUUAUUUGAAAAUUUUAUAUUCUGUGUAUAGCACUAGUGAUAACACUAGUUUAUUUAAAAACACCACAAGUAUAUAAAUUAGAUAUCGUUUUAAUUAUUAAUGAUUAACUACUAUUUGUUAUACUUAAUAGCAUAUUUAGUUCGAUAUUAGUAGGCAUUAGGCAUAAUAUUAGUUUAAAAUUAAAGAUUUUUUUUGUCGAUUCUUAGAAUUAAAAAGACCAUUCUUAAUAUUAAAAAUUAAAGCUACCAAAUUAUGUAAUUUACAAAAGCAUAACUAAUCAAUAUUAAUAGGCAUAACUAAUUAAUAUUUAUAUUUGUUAAUUUAGAAAAAAACGUGUGGUAUAGUAUUUUUAACUAAUCAAUAAAAUGUGUAUUAUAUUAAUAUGGGCAGCCCACUAAUUAAUUACCAACCAAAAAUUAGGUCAUUUUUAUACCUUCUUCGCCUAGCAGCGUUCUUCUCCGGUAGUAUUCUUCUUUGUAUUUUUACUUCAAAAAUCUGUAAUGGGAUUGGUUUCACAGUUACAUUUUAAGUUAAGCAUUUUAAGUUUAGCAGUGCUGUUGAAGAUGGUUUAAACCAACCUCAGGAAUGGAAAAUCCCCCUUCGCUACCUUCUCCUAUUCAAAGUAACAGCAUAGCUCAGAAAACGAAAACAACGCCCAUUUAGCUGGAACAAAAGUGGUUUAAGGAAGACCGUUAAGAAGAUGAACGGUGGUAGUGAAAAAGGCGGAAUCUUGGCAACGGAGGAGGGAAAAAGAAGCGAGGGCUUUAACAGGAAGAGGGCUCAAGGAAGGGAUGAGAGCUAUAGGCCGAAAAAGCAGCCGCUCAAUCCUGGUAAUUGGGGAAAUACUUGCAACAGUAAUACCAUUGCUUAUGUGCAGAUCCUUGGAACUGGAAUGGAUACACAAGACACAUCCCCAGCAGUCCUGCUGUUUCUUCAACAGCAAAGAUUUAUAUUUAAUGCUGGAGAAGGACUUCAACGCUUCUGCACCGAGCAUAAGAUCACAUUGUCGAAGAUUGAUCACAUAUUUCUCUCACGUGUCUGCUCAGAAACAGCUGGUGGACUUCCUGGUCUCUUAUUGACUCGGGCGGGCAUGGGAGACAAAGUAAUGCCUGUCAAGAUGUGGGGCCCCUCCGAUUUUGAAUAUUUGCUUGAUGCUAUGAAAUCGUUCAUCCCCAACGCUGCCAUGGUUAAUUCGCAUAGCUUUGGACCAUCACUUGGAUCACCGAGUAUGGUGCUGCAGAGCUUUGAUAAUCCUUUUGUUCUGAUCGACGAAAAAGUGAUCAGAAUAUCUGUAGUACUCUUGAGACCGAAUUAUGAAGAAGUGUCGCAUGGGGAAAAUUCUGACAAACCAACUUCUCCUGAGCCUAUUAAACAUGUGACGAAGCCGGGUGAUCUCUCUGUUAUUUAUAUUUGUGAAUUGCCAGAGAUUAAGGGAAAAUUUGACCCUAAAAGGGCCGCUGCUCUUGGAUUAAGACCCGGCCCAAAAUACGGCGCGCUGCAAGGUGGGAAUCCUGUAAUGUCGGAUAGUCAAGAUAUUAUGGUACACCCAAGUGACGUUAUGGGUCCGUCUGUUCCUGGUCCUAUUGUCCUUUUGGUCGACUGUCCAACAUUGUCGCAUUUCCGGGAUCUGCUGACCGUGCAAUGCCUCGCCCCGUAUUAUGUAGAUAUAGCUCAUGAGGUAAUAGAGGGUUCCAAGAUUGUGAAUUGCGUAAUUCAUCUGACUCCUCUGAGCGUCACUCGGACAGAUGAUUAUCGAACGUGGAUGUCAAAAUUCGGAGCAGCUGAGCAUAUAAUGGCAGGACAUGAAAUGAAAAAUAUACAGGUACCGAUUUUGAAAGCUAGUGCUAGACUCGCAGCUCGUCUUAACUAUUUGAGCCCUCAGUUUUUCCCCUCUCUGGGUUGCUGGACACUGCCGAACAUGGAUUUACCAUCUGAGACAGAGGCAUCACAUGAGGUACGCAUGACAAUAUUUUCAAAUCUUGCGAUUAUUUUGGCUGAGAAUCUUCUCAAGUUUCAUCUGCGUCCCUACGCGAAUAUGGGGCUCGGCAGAUCAAGUAUACCGAAACUAACAUCUCAUUCCGAGAUCAUUCAAGAGCUAUUGUCAGAAAUUCCGGAGGCUAGAGACGCCUCCGAGAAUGUGACCCGUUUAUUGUCGGGUUGCGCUAGUGUGACCGAGGAACCAUGGUUGCUCGAAGAUGCUGUCCCUAGCUGUCUCGAAGAUAUAACCAGAGAAGAUAUGGAGAUUGUUCUUCUUGGUACCGGUUCUUCGCAACCCUCAAAGUAUCGAAAUGUUAGUUCGAUUUUCAUCAAUUUAUUUUCCAGAGGAAGCAUACUCUUAGACUGUGGUGAAGGAAGCUUGGGACAUCUAAAGAGAAGAUUCGGAGUACAAGGUGCGGAUGAAGCUAUAAAAGGUUUGAAAUGCAUCUGGAUUUCGCACAUCCACGCUGAUCACCACACUGGCCUUGCAAGUAUCCUUGCUCGACGACGUGAUCUGUUGAAGGGAUCACCACACGAGCCCACCCUCGUCGUUGGCCCGUAUCAGCUAAAUUGGUUUCUGAGCGCCUACCAGAAGCUCGAGGAUCUGGACUUGCGGUUUCUCGACUGUUCUCAUACAACUGAAGAUGCAUUGGAGGCUUUUGAUUCGAACGAAGGGAACCCGAGCAAGGGCGUCGAUUCAUCUCUGUGCAAGAUUCUCGGAGAACUUGGAUUGGAAGCGCUGGUGAGCUUCUCUGUCAUUCAUUGUCCUGGAGCUUAUGGCGUCGUGCUGCAGGCUGCAAGCAGGAUCAACAGCUCCGGUAAAACCAUUCCCGGGUGGAAAGUCGUCUACUCAGGUGACACCAGACCUUGCCCGAAACUUAUUUGGGCUGCCCGCCGCGCGACCGUGCUCAUUCACGAGGCGACCUUCGAAGACGGGAUGAUGGAUGAGGCGGUGUCUAAGAAACACAGCACGACGAUGGAGGCAGUGGAAAUGGGGAAUUCUGCGGGUGCGUAUAGGAUCAUACUGACUCAUUUCAGCCAGAGAUACCCGAAGAUCCCGGUGUUUGAUGAAGCGCAUAUGCACAAAACAUGCGUCGCGUUCGACAUGAUGAAUGUCAACUUAGCGGAUGUUCAUGCACUGCCAAGAGUGCUGCCAUAUCUCAAAGUUUUGUUUAGAGGUGAAAUAACUAUUGCUGAUGACUCUGAAGAUGUGUAAGCUUAGUUACUGCGCUUGUUGCUUACUUUUUAUAUUUAUUUUUUAUUUAAUGAAGCCACUGUUUUUUCAUUUCA